AUGGCCAUAUUUGACAUGCUUACAAUGUACAAGUGGGAUGUGAAGGUAGUUUUGGCUUUAGCCGCUUUUGCCCUGACCUACGGUGAAUUUUGUCUGCUUGCCCAUAUUCAAGAUAGCUACCAGUUUGCCAAGAGAUUGGCAAUUUUGAAGCAAUUACUUAGUACCAUGGAGAAUGCAAGCUCGCUGAAACUAUGGUUUGACACCCUUAAUGACCUCGUUAAAAUCACACUGGAGGUGACCAAGUGUGUCAUAGACGUUCACGAUCUGCCAACCGAACACGCCACUGCCUAUGACUAUAUGCCAAUUGCUUGCUACUGGACCAUCAGAAGUAUUGUGACUUGCACAACUCAGAUUACAAGUCUCACCACACUUGGAUACGAGGUCUUCUUAUCUAAUAUUGGUGCAUGGGAGUUGUCCACGUUGACUUCGAAGCUCGAAAACAUAAUCAACCAUCUCAGGCAGCAAGCAGAUAGUCGCAGUAAACAUAUCAGUCGACCACUUUUUAAUAUAUCAGCAGCGAGUGCAUCUAUGAUGCAUGAUGAAGCUUACGCAAGGCUGCGUGAUAUGUUCUCCAAACCACAGACCGACAACGUGAAAGUUCUCAAGGCUUUGAUUAACGCGCAAGAUGUUGAUCAACCUCUAUAUGAUGGUUUUUUUAAGCAAAGGGUUAGCCUUGGGGCGCUGAGGAGGAGGACUGUGUUGCUUCUAAUUUCAGGCCCAGAGUUCUCCAGCGUUGAGAUUGAUUUUCUGGAAUCGUUCGAUAAGGAUAUAAAUAAGAAUCUAGCACGGAGAUUACAGAGUAUGCAUGGCUUGGUUUGGAUCCCUAUUGUAGACCCAGAUUCUGAAUGGAAUGAAGCAAAGCAAAAGAGGUUUCAGAGCGUGAGAGGGAGAAUGCCAUGGUACUCGGUGUAUGAUCCUUCAUUUAUAGGCAAGCCAGUCAUCUCGUUCAUCCAAAAAGAGUGGAAAUACAGAGAUAAGCCAAUAAUGGUGGUUUUGGACCCACAAGGGAAGGUUUCUUGCCUCAAUGCUAUUCGUAUGAUUUGGAUUUGGGGAAGGGUUGCCUAUCCUUUCACAAGUUCUAGAGAAGAAGCUCUAUGGAAGGAUCAAUCCUGGAAACUUGAUUUCCUAGCAGAUAUCUUCUACACAAAAAUAAGGAACUGGACUACAGAUGGAAAGUACAUAUUUUUGUAUGGAGGGAACGACUUUGAAUGGAUAAAAAGUUUUGUGGAGGAAGCUCGUAGAGUUGCCACAGCUACAAAAAUAAACUUAGAAAUGCUGUAUGUUGGGAAGAGCAACAAAGAGAACCAAGUGCGAGAAAUCAUUGUGAGAAUGAUUCGUGAGAAUCUCAACACUGACUACUUGCCAAACAGGGUAAUUAUUUGGUUGUUCUGGUUCCGUCUUCAUAACAUGCUCUUCUCCAAGCUUCAACUCAAGAACAUUGACGCCAACAAGCAUCAAAUGCAAGAAAUCGAGAAGCUUCUAGGUAACGACGAUGAUAAUGUGAUGGAGGAAAUAAAAAAGCUUGUAAGUUAUGAUAAACAUGGUGGAUGGAUUCUUUUAGCAGAAGGGUCUGAAAUUGUUAUCAUUGGGAAUGCUGCAACUGGGUUGCAAACCUUGGUGGAGUAUGAUGUGAUGUGGAAGGAACAUGUUGGUAGAGAUGGGUUUGCCAAGGCUUUCAAGAAUCACUAUAACAAGGUUCUUUCAGCUGUUAGUUCUUGCUGCAAGUUUGAGUUCUCUCCCAAGAUAGAGAAAACUUCGGAAUUACUCGUGUGCCCGGAGUGUCACGACCACAUGCAUGUCAUCACCACCUACCACUGUUGUCACGAUGGAGAAACCUACCAGGACUUUUUUUUCAGUACUAGUACUCCUCCUAUCGUUCCUUAUAAAAUUAGAGGAAUGUCUUAA